AUGAACGUUUCGUCCUCAUCAGCACCCUCGCAAGUCUACAUUCACCCCGAGCUCUCCAUGAGUGCCGAGGCGGCCGAUUGCUCGGCAGUAAACCUGCCGUCCGGCGUGGUACUCAGACGUUGGAUGGUCUACCCCGACGCCAUCGUGGUGCCGCUGGCCCUGGAGCCGGUCACUGUUUCCGACGUAUACCGCGAGAAUAAGUAG